GCUGUCCCGGCUCGGAUUCGCCCGAAGCACCCUUCUCGCGCGCGUGGACUGCAUUUCCCAGCAGGCCCCACGGCGACACAGCUUGAAACUACAUUUCCCAGCAUGCCUUACGCCAACUCUCAGUUUGGAACCACGCUUCCCAGCAUGCCGUGCUCUGGGGCGUAGCUGCCGGGCUAAAGUUCUGUAGGCAACAUUGUGCCCUAGGGCGGCAAGUUUCUCGCUGCGCUCGGAGUCUGCGCCUCGGAGCCUGGCGGGGCGAGCUCAGCGCGGGUGGCCCGUCUCUGCUGCGUUAGCCCGGGCUUCAGCCGCGCCCGGCUGAGGCUGAAGAUGUCCGGGCAUUUCUCUGACACAAGCAGCAAGAAAGAACAUGUGAAAAUCACAAGUGAGCCCAAGCCAGGGUUUCUGGAGCGACUCAGUGACACUGCUGGAGGGAUGCUAAUUGGACUUGCGGCAUUUUCUCUCUCUUUCUACCUUCUUUUUACCAAUGAGGGACGAGCCUUGAAGACAGCCACUUCCCUUGAUGAGGGGCUUUCUCUUGUGGUCCCUCUUGACAAUAUUCACAGUGUGUCCCAACAGAACGAGGGAAAACUAGUGCACUUGUCAGGUGCCCUUAGAACAUCAAAGCCUUUGUUUGAUCCCAGCUAUGGGCUCUCCAUCCACGCUGUCAAACUGAAACGUCAGGUGGAAAUGUAUCAGUGGGUAGAAUAUGAAGACUCCAAAGAAUAUGAGGAGAAUGGUGAAGUUAAGAAAGAAACAAGAUAUUCAUAUAACACUGAAUGGAAAUCAGAAGUUGUGAACAGCAGAAACUUUGAUCGAGAGAUUGGCCAUAAAAACCCCAGUGCCAUGGCUGUGGAAUCUUUCACUGCAAUUGCUCCUGAUGUCCAGGUGGGCAGUUUCUUUCUUUCAAAAGGUCUUAUUGAGAAAAUUGACAGUUUUAAGCAGAUGAGCCUGUCGAAACUGGAGGAUCCGCAUGCUGACAUCACUCGAAGAGAAGAUUACUUUUAUCACAGCGAGAAUCCCAGGCGUCCAGAAGUGGGAGACCUUCGUGUUUCAUUCUUCUAUGCGGGUCUGAGCGGAGACAAGUCCCACCUGGGCCCAGCAGAUGUGGUGUCCGUGAUUGCUCGUCAGCGAGGGGACCAGUUGGUUUCAUACCAAACCAAGUCUGGAGAUGUCCUGCAGAUUCUUUAUCCUGGUGAUCUCUCUGCUGAGGAGGUGUUUCAAAAAGAGCAUGAAAGUAACACCAUGAAGACCUGGGGUCUCCGUGCAGCUGGCUGGCUGGCGAUGUUUGUAGGCAUCAACCUUAUGACCAGAAUCCUUCACACUUUGGUGGAUUGGCUUCCUGUUGUUCGAGAUCUGGUUAAUAUUGGACUUAAAGCUUUUGCUUUUUGUACAGCCACCUCGCUCUCCCUGCUAACUAUUUCUGUGGGGUGGCUCUUCUACCGCCCACUCUGGGCUCUACUGAUUGGGUUGCUGUCUGCCGUUCCUAUUGUGAUUGCAAAAUCCCGGGUUCCACCGAAGAAGCAUCAGUGAUGAUGGAAGAAUUCCUUUUUUUCUCUCCCCUUGUACUUGAACCCUGUUUUUUUAACCCUUUGAAUCGUAGUGCAUUUAUCAUGUUUCAAGCUAUUAUGACAUGCUUAAGGCACAUUACAGUUCAGAAUCUUGACUCCCUGCACCAGAGAGUCCAGUAGGAGACAAAGGUGCAAUUUUUUGUAUGUUUAUUACACAUCCAUGGGAAAACGUAACUGUAGAAGCUGCAGUUUGGAGUGGGUGAUAUUCUGUGUAUUUAGAGGAGGAAGUAGCAUUUGUUACUUAACUGCUAUUUGCCAAUCUUUACUUAUUAAAAGAGCAAUGCUGUGUGCUAUCCACAGGGGAACAGGGACAGAUUUAAUUAUGCGAUCCAUGAUGUGCAAUCUCUACCAGAUUUUGUGUGUUUGCCUCUCAUUUAACUAUUCCCUCUUAUUUUCUUAUGUACAUGGAGAAAUAUACUUAUGUUGACAAUGUUUUGAAGUGCAUGUUCAUAGACAAAAUGCUGCUUGCACAUGAGUGAAAGCUGUGUUACGCAUUUAAUUUUUCAGUAGUUAAAAAACCAGGUAUAAUGUAUAAGGUUUUCAAAAGUAACUAGGGAUUUUGGCUGCUCAAUUUACCUUUUAAACGGACCUGAUUUUCAGAAAGGGAUGAGCCUUCACUGAAUCAGAACCCUGGAAGCGGUCUCAUUUGGGCACCUAAAAUUGCUAGCAUGUCUACCUUGUUUUGUAAAACUUUAAAACUGAUUUAAAAUUCCAUCUGCUUAAAGGGAUAGUCUAAGGUCAAAAAACAUAACCGGUUGAAACUAAGAACUGAUGUAACCUGUAAAACUAAUGUAAACUCCUGUACUUAAAAACUGAUUAAUAUUUCCCCCUUUAUUUUUUUCAUUUCACUUAGUUUGGCUAAGGAAAGAUGCAUGAGAAACAAACUGAGUACUUAUAUAAGCUGUAGUGUUUGGAUUUAAACGCUCUCCUUUGGGGUUUGCAAGGGCCUCAUACUUAAAAACCUUAAUUGAAAUUAAUCAUUAAAACAUUGGUUAAUGUUUUGUAAACCUAAAUGUUAAGCUUGGUCACGUUAGGGGAAGAAGCAACUCUACAUCUAACCUCUCACUGAUUCAUGUUUACGUUUUUCUGCUAACACCAAUACUUACGUUUUUGGAACCCCUUUUGUAUUAUUUUUAAAAGUGUAUUUGCUCCUAACAACUUAGGGCUGUCUUUCAGCCUGCUUUUUCCUGUGCUUCCACUUUUGUAAGCACAACUGAUGUUUAAGAAGAAUACCUAAUUCCAUACACAAAGGAGGAAUAUGGUAGCUCAUUGACCUCAACCUUGAUUUUCAAAAUCUUAUCCCUUAAAGUCCAGUUAAGAACUUCAAGAAAGGUUCCUUCCCCUUGCUACAUUAUUUAUUUUACUUGAAUAUAUCUGAGAAAGGGUUUUUGUUUCCUCAGCUUUGGUUUAGUUUCUCCUGUUUAAGAUCCUGAGCAAUGUGGAAGGUAUAGACCUUAAAUCCACUUAACACAUAGUCAACAUGUUUAAGGAAUCAGACCAUGUAAUUUUAAAAUCAGUUACUAUAGUUACCAAGGUUAUUAGCAUUAGUAACUUAUCUAACAGCCCAAGGACUAUUUAAAAGUUGACUACAAGAUGAGAAUCCAAGUCUUUAGUGAUGGGGCAAUUUUUGAAUUUUGUUUGCACAAAACUAUUAAAAAGAAUGGCUUGUAAAAUAUAACUUUGGGCAGUUGCUACUUGAAUGAACAAUAAUCAUUAGGCAAUGCCCUUUUAUUCCUGUUGAUAUCCAGCCAUUGUCAGUUCAGUUUCAAGGCUCUAGGGCCCUAAUCUGCCCCCAAUGAAGUGGGAAUAGGCUCUUGGGCAGGUUGCCUGGAUAUACAAAUAGUCAAUUAAUAAACUUAUGCAGUGUUUGUCUGCUACUUAAUCAUUGCAGUAUAUCUUCCAGUACCUCAAAUGGUGUUCUUUUGGGGAACACUGUGUUGAACUGAUACUUUCCAAACUUAAACCCCAACCAGCAUUCAGCUACUGUACAAUGGAGACUCUUGAAAUAGUUUUCUAUGGAAGUGCUGAACUUUUGUAUGUUUUAUUAAAAAAAAAUUCUCA